AUGAUCCAGCCCGGCCGCUGUCCCAGGGCCCAGACACGGACGGGGAACAUCGAACGCCAGUCACUGUCAUCGGACUUUAGCAGGCUGCCCAUGUGCCAGACGGACAGAGAGACAAUAGACAACCAGGGAAGACAUCAACAUGGACCUCUGUUGACUGUAGUCAUACUUACACAGUACUGCGACACGUGCAAGCCGACACUAGGACAUCUCCUGGAGGGGUCCAGGGCCCGGGGAGCAAGUGAGGUGCUGUCCCGGGCUAGCGACGCCAAACCAAACUGCAAAGUUCCUACCCUUCCCGGCCUGCGCUUCAUUGGAUGGUACCGCGCCGUGUGCAGCCCCCCGUGGCCCCCUCCAUUCUACCGCGUUGUAUGUGGUGACUUGUAA